UUUAGGCUAAACUGCUGAUUAUGAUUUAGAUUUAGAUUUUGGCAGAUUCAGCCAACACAUGAGUUAGUUGUCUCUAUAAGAAACAAUCAGAGGUCCAAUCUUGAUUUAUUUUUAUUUUAACCUCGCAGGUAGACCUAAUAAUAAGACGAGGCCCUGAUAAGGAACUGGAGACAGCAUAUGGAGAGGACAAACAUGUCUGCUGCAAGAAAAGAACUACAGGAGGCCUUGUGCUGCUACACCGCAGAUACCCUCAUCUACAUCGACACAGUGAGAGAGUUCUGUGAGAGGAGCCCUAAAUGGAUGCUUGCGACGGAGACAGAGUCGCACAUGAUGGUGGACAUCAAAGAUAGGGCUGAGAGCAUCGACCUAAGCAUCAGCCAUGUUACCCAGUCAGAGAACAAAGGUAAGAGAGGUAAGGCCUUUUUGGAAUAUAUGAAGAGCAAGUUCACCCAGGUGACUGCAGACAGCAGACGUGCAGAGCUGGAGAAGGAGCUGGCUGCUGUGCUGAAGGACACUCUGAGUGGCCUGGAGAAGCUCCACAGCUUCCUGGAUGCAGUGGAGAAUCUGGCGGUCACCUCACUCCAUGUGUUCAUGGAGGAGAACCAGGCAUUACAUUUGCCAGAAGGGAUCAGCCUCGAACAAGUUCAGGUUGUCAUCACGGCUGCACGGGAAAUCUGCCCUCUCCUCGUCGAGUUUAAAAGAGAUACAAGUGUCUUCUUCCUUCCCAAACUUCAGAAUGUGGAAGUGCUGUCAUAUCAGCUGGACAAAUACAUCCAGACCACCCAGACAAUCUGUGAGAAGUUAGAGAAAAGCUCCUUCAGUGACUUUUUCCUGAAUUUGAACGACGAAACUCUGGUAGACCUCGAUGUGGAUUUGUCUGAAGAUGACAUACAAAGGAUGCUUCAUCACAUUAAUCAGCUUGAUGAAAUCAGGAUGAAUGAGAGCUUCCGGACGGUGUUCCUGUUUCAGGAGGAACCAUGUUCUGGCUUCAUCAGUGAGUUCAGCGAGCGAAAGCCCAGGAUGCUGAAGUUUUUAGUAGACCUGGAGGAGAAUGCUGUUCAGCUAGACAGGAUGAAUAAGGGGGCAAAGAUCUCCAGUGUGGCAGGCAGCUCAGUGGGGGCAGCUGGAGGUGUGCUUUCCAUCAUUGGUUUGGCAUUAAUUCCUGUAACAGCUGGAGCGUCUCUAAUUCUGACAAUGACUGGGGUGGGGCUGGGAAUUACCAGCGGAGUCAACAGUUUAGUCACCACCGGCACAGAGAUUGGCGUUAACCAUAAACAUCAAAAGAAAGCCAGUAAGACCUUCAAGAGCUUCAGUGAGGAUGUGCAGUGUCUCAAGGAUUGUCUAGAGGAGGUCACCAAAAGGGGAAUGAGCAAGAUUGAUGUGGUUGUGGGAGUAGGCAAGGUGAUUGGUAACGUUUGUGCUAUUGGGAAGGCUAUCGAUGGGAUUGUUGAUGCUGCCUCAGCUUUUAAGUUGUUAAAAACUGAGGAGCUGGUUGUAAGUGCUGGCAGAGUGGCAUUGCAGGAAGGAAAAGCAUUACGUAACGCGCCCAGGGUGGCGGCAGAUAUCCCAGAUAUUGGUCAGGCAGUAGUCAAAGGGCCUCUUGCCCUCUCCAAGUCAGCAAGAGCCGGUUUCAUCGGGCUCAACGCUCUCUUCCUCGGCAUGGAUGUCUUCUUCAUCUGUAAAGACAGCAUCAGUCUGGCCAAAGGCAGCGAGACUGAAUUCUCUCAGUUCAUCAGAGCCAGAGCUGCACUCUGGCGUUCAGAGAUUGACUCAUGGCAGAAGAUCCAUGACUUCCUGUGCGAAGGUCAGCUGACAUCAAAGGAAAACAAAGCUGUCCUGGAGAUGCCAUUUUAUCCAGAGAGGGAGAUGAACACAAAGCUGGUUCUGGUUGCCUUCUUAUUCUUAAUGUUUUUAAUUGUGGUGACAUACUGCCUCAGUUCUUGAUAAAAAUGUUAAAAAUUGGGUUUGGAGUCCAACCAUCUCUUCUUUUGAACGUGGAAUUUCCCCCCAAAAUAGAAUCAACUGUACAAAGAACAUACAAUUUCUAUCCUUCUGAACUCGGAGAAACAGAAAUGGAAAUUCCAUUUGAUGAGGUGGAUGAAAAGUGAAAGAGGAAAGUUCUUAUGUAAUACAGUAGUGCUCCGAGACAAUACCAACUCUGACACUAUGAUCAGAUAUGAGAUUCAUUUAAACUUUGCUUACAGCUCACUGUUCAGCAUUAAACAUGAUUACAAUCUAUCUUUGAGGAAUUUUUAAUCAGCUGUAAUUCUCAUGGCAUAAACCAAUGUAUCACUAAACCUGAUUCAAAACAUAACACACUGUCAUUUAGCACUUUACCUGAUGAUAAAUGUAACUGAAAAAUAUAAUUACUAUUUUAAUCCUAGAGUUGCAAUCACUGUCAUAUAAAAAUAUAAUUAGAGCAAAAAAUGUUAUGCACAAUACAUUCUGUACAAUCUGUAUGAUCUUCAUUAUUAUGUUUGUAUAAUUCAGUCUGCCAUUUCUCUUGCACAAAAAUAAAUACAAUUUUAAAAAGUAAA